UGAAGGCAAGGCAUAUGGGCGGGGAUUGCUCGCUUACUAGGAAGUAAGUAGAGCUCAGAGCGCUGUGUACUUUCGGUUUUGUUGCGGAAGAGUGUUGAGACGUUUUACUUCGCUUUCAGUAAGUCAUUUCCCAGGACUGUGUCAGGUUUCCAGGAUGGCACAGUGGUACGAUCUGCAGCAAAUUGACACCAAAUUCCUGGAGCAAGUUCACCAAUUGUAUGAUGACAGCUUUCCCAUGGAAAUAAGGCAGUAUUUGGCCCAGUGGUUGGAAAAUCAAGACUGGGAACAUGCUGCAAACAACGUCUCCGUAGCCACAAUAUUGUUUCAUGGGCUCCUGUCUCAGCUGGAUGAUCAGUAUAGCAGAUUUUCCUUGGAAAACAACUUUUUGUUGCAGCACAACAUUAGGAAAAGCAAGCGCAACCUUCAGGAUCAUUUUCAGGAAGACCCAGUGCAAAUGGCAAUGAUCAUCAACAACUGUUUAAGAGAAGAGAGCAAAAUUUUAUGCAAUGCCCGUGCAUCUAACAAGAACCAAGUUGGCAGCACGCAAACAACAGUCAUGCUUGACAAGCAGAAGGAGCUGGAUAAGAAAGUUACAGAUGUCCGGAACAGAGCUAAUGAAGUAGAGCAAGAUGUCAAGCUUUUAGAAGACCUACAAGAUGAAUAUGACUUCAAAUUUAAAACUGUGCAAAGCAGAGAAAAUGAACACAACGGCCUGGCACAAAAUGAACUGAAGAAAGAAAAAAUGUUUUUAACCAAUAUGAAUAUUGGAGUUCUUGUGAAAAGAAAGGCAAUUAUUCAGAAAAUAGCAGAGUUAAUGAGUGUAACUGAUCACACACAAAGUGCUCUAAUUAACGAAGAGCUGGUUGAGUGGAAGCACAGACAACAGAUAGCAUGCAUUGGAGGCCCACCUAAUGCUUGCCUUGAUCAGCUACAGAGCUGGUUUACCACUAUUGCUAAAAGUUUACUGCAAGUGCGCCAGCAGCUAAAGAAGUUAGAGGAACUAGAACAAAAGCUCACGUAUGACAUUGACCCCAUUACAUGUAACAAGCAAGCCCUCCAAGAACGGACACAGAGUCUAUUUAAGCAACUCUUACAAAGCUCAUUUGUGGUCGAACGACAGCCUUGCAUGCCUACACAUCCUCAGAGGCCAAUGGUUUUAAAGACUGGAGUCCAGUUCACAGUAAAGUUGAGAGUAUUAGUGAAACUACAGGAACUGAAUUACCAGUUAAAAGUAAAAGUCUUGUUUGAUAAAGAUGUAAAUGACAAGAACAUAGUAAAGGGGUUUCGUAAAUUUAACAUAUUAGGAACACACACCAAAGUAAUGAACAUGGAAGAAUCUACAAAUGGAAGCUUAGCAGCGGAAUUCAGACAUCUGCAACUAAAAGAGCAAAAGAAUACAGGAAGCAGAACUAAUGAGGGGCCACUUAUUGUUACAGAAGAACUUCACUGUCUAAGUUUUGAGACACAGCUGUGUCAGCUUGGAUUAGUAGUUGAUCUGGAGACUUCAUCACUUCCAAUUGUGGUUAUAUCCAAUGUCAGCCAGCUUCCCAGUGGAUGGGCCUCCAUACUGUGGUACAACAUGCUCACUUCUGAGACAAAGAAUGUUUCAUUUUUUCUGAAUCCACCAGCCGCCAGAUGGCCACUUCUGUCUGAUGUUCUCAGUUGGCAGUUUUCCUCUGUAACUAAGAGAGGACUUAAUACAGACCAACUGAGCAUGCUGGGAGACAAACUUUUAGGUCCUACCACAAGCAGUGGAGAUGAUCUAAUUCCAUGGACCAGAUUCUGCAAGGAGAAUAUGAACGAUAAGAAUUUCCCCUUUUGGCUUUGGAUUGAAGGCAUCUUGGAGCUCAUAAAAAAACAUCUUUUAUGCCUGUGGAAUGAUGGCUGUAUUGUUGGAUUCAUUAGCAAAGAAAGGGAGCGUGCGCUGCUUAAAGAAAAAGCUCCUGGGACAUUUUUAUUGAGAUUUAGUGAAAGCAGUAGAGAAGGAGCCAUCACUUUCACUUGGGUGGAGAGACCACAAAAUGAGCCCCUCUUUCAUUCUGUGGAGCCAUAUACAAAAAAAGAGCUUUCUGCUGUGACGUUUCCAGACAUUAUUCGGAACUAUAAAGUGAUGGCAGCUGAAAAUAUUCCAGAAAACCCUCUUAGAUUCCUGUAUCCAGACACCCCAAAGGACAUGGCAUUUGGAAAAUAUUAUUCUAGGCCUAAGGAAGAUGAACCGAUGGACCUUGAUGGACCCAAAGGAACAGGAUAUAUUAAAACGGAACUUAUUUCAGUGUCUGAAGUACAUCCCUCCAGACUUCAAACCGCAGAAUUCCUGUUGCCGAUGUCCCCUGAUGAGUUUGACGAGGUCGCAAGGCUUGUGGGACCUGCUGAGUUUGAUACUGUGAUGUGCUCUUACAACAGCUAAAGGUAACGUGAGACGUCUGCUCUUGCUUCUUCAUUACAGUUGGAGAAUUGACUGCUUUUCACGGAAAGAAUCUCAUGAAAGUACUUGGGUGUUGUUAUUAUGUACCAGAGCUCAUCUGUUUAUCACAACGUAUAAUAAUGUUUAUUCAACGGUGUACAUAAGCCACCAAAGAAUCAACAUUACAAAUGUGUUAUGCAUGCAGGGCUGACAGUAUUAUGCGGACAAGCCAAUGGUGGCUAACAAAAUCGCAUCCCUUAUCCUAGGGUUAACAUACAAAGCCCAGCCUGACUAGAGUAGCCACACCUAGACAGAAUUAGCCAACAAUGUCUCAAGGAGCUUUGCCUGCAGCCAUAUCAGUGAGCAGUGUCGGACUGGGGCCCACUUGGGUUGUUACCUAAGAGACCCCCACCCCAAACGCAAAACUUGCCAGCAGCCUACACCUAAUCCUCCCUACUCUUUGUGCCACCAUGUUCCUCUUAUUGCAACUGUGAUCGGUGAUGGGGGAGGAGCACCUGGCUCAAAGCAGGGAGAGGGCCAGGGUCAGACUGUGAGGCCCACCUGGUUUUUUUAUCUGUGUCCCGCCAGACCAAUCAGACCCUGUCAGUGGGAUGCCGUUGUUGAAAAACGUUAGACACAUUUCUCAAGUUUAACUCAUUUGCUGCUGGGAGGCUCUGAAUAGUUAAAGGGAUUGUUUAUAAUCACUGGGAAAAUUUACAUCUGGGUAGUAACACAAUAUAAUUCUUAAAGGAGACGUCAACCUGUACGGGGAAAAAACCCUCCCCCCCGGCCUACCUGCCCCCUGGGCAAAUGCCCCUAACUUGUUACUCAUCCCUCGGCGCAGGUCCUCUGCUGCGGAGUUCACGGGCGCCAUCUUCUUCCGAGCGCUCUUCUUCCUGCUUUGGCCAGCGUUUUUGGCGCUUGCGCAGUUGGAGGCAUUUGUCAGUACAGAGCUACUACAUCUGAAAGUCACAACAGAUCUGAAACGUUGUGACUUUUGGGCGCAUGUGCAGUAGCCCCAUACCGGCAAAUGCCUCCAACUGCGCAUGAAAGUCACAAAGUUUCCAAUAUUUUCUUCAGAAACUUUGUGACUUUCGCUCAUGCGCAGAAGAUCCUUACUAGUAAAUGUCUCGUGCUGCGCAUGCUCCAAAAAAACGCUGGUCAAAGCAGGAAGUAGAGCGCUCGGGAAAAGAUGUUGCCCGUGAACUCUGCAGCAGAGGACCUGUGCCGAGGGGUCAGAAACAAGUUAGGCCUGGGGGACCUACACAGGGGAGGGGGGGGGUUCCCCGUACAGGUUGUCUUCACCUUUAAAGCCAUUUGUACACACACACACACUCACCCGGUUCUGUCAGGCUUCCUUUCAUUUGGUGCGGGAGAUUCUCAUGGCCACAAGGCUGAGUUCAUUGUUCAGUGUAGCAAUUUUAAAGUAAGUUGAGGCAAACGAAGGCGAUGUGAAGGAAGGUAAUAAGAGGCCUAGUGUGUUGUAUUCGAGUCUGUAAAAUUACUAUAGUAAAUGGUAAUAUUGGACUUGUGGCCAUAAGGAUCACCUGCAGCAAAUGAAAAAUUCAGGGUGUAUGCAAAGAGUUUUUAGAACAGGUGAAUGUUCUCCAGUGCUCAUAAAUGAUGAUGAUUUCUCACUAGUAAGUGCUGUAGAAAGCUUACAACAGCCCAUUGUUAGAUUUAUGGACAUUCAGUUAUGGAGCAGUGACUGUAGGCGACAUUUGUCACAAUUAGAGGAUCUGUGCCUCAACAGCACUUCAUAACUAGAACUUACUUCUUCAGAGAGAGCAGGCCAUUAUUUUAGCAGGUAUCCAGUGAUGUACUUAAGACUUAAAAGAAAUAAUAAUAUUGGCUUUAUGUUACGUUUAUUUCAUAUGUAUUGUUUGUUAAAUGAGUACAAAAUAAAAAUAGAUUGAUAAAUCA